GCUCCUGCGGGAGGAGAGCCGCGCAGAGGGGACUGGGAGAGCUGUGGAAAUAUGAAGUUCUCCGGGUUUCUCUCCACGCGCAAGUGAAUGACAGCAGACUCGUUUCGUGGAUUAAGGCACGCGGGAUUAAGAAGUUUAUUCACGCGUGAGGGGAAAACACUGAUUUGUGCAACAGGAGCGCAAAGAAAAAAAACAACAUCACAUCUAAUUCAGGUAAUCAGAGACGGGAUGGAGGAGAAGAUGAGAGAGGGAUGGUGAAUGAAGAUCGACGACUGACCUUUCACCCUUGAGAGAGAGCUGUCUCCCUGGGAGGGAUUCCAGGGAGGGGCCGGCCUAGUUCACAUGAUGGACGUGGACUCAGAGGGCAUCACCUCCGGACCAAACAUCACAAACUGCUCCGCCCCCGCUGCUGGCAGCCUGCAAGCUGUCCAGUUCACAGAUGGGACGGCAGUGGUGGUGUUCGUUCUAAGCCUUCUCACCCUCCUCACCGUGCUCGUCAACGGUGGCGUCAUCCUCGCCAUCUGCACCACCAAGAAGCUCCACCUGCCCGCCAACUACCUCAUCUGCUCCCUUGCCGUCACUGACUUCCUGGUGGCGCUCCUUGUCAUGCCCAUCAGCAUCCUUUACAUCACCAUGGAGAGGUGGUCACUGGGUCGGGUGGUGUGUGAGAUGUGGUUGAGUGUGGACAUGACCUGUUGCACCUGCUCCAUCCUGCACCUGUGCGUCAUCGCUCUGGACCGAUACUGGGCCAUCACUAAAGCCAUCGAGUACGCCCGCAAGAGGUCAGCUCGCCGUGCUGCUGUCAUGGUGGGAACUGUCUGGGUCAUCUCCAUCUUCAUCUCCAUCCCUCCUCUGUUCUGGAGGCAGAGGGCGAACAAAGGCCGUUUCCAACAGUGCAUCAUCGAGCACGACCACCUGGGAUACACCAUAUACUCCACUUUAGGAGCGUUUUAUAUCCCCAUGAUCAUCAUUCUGAUCCUCUACUACAGGAUCUACAACGCCGCCAAAACCCUCUAUCAAAAGCGCGGCUCCUCUCGGCACCUCAGCAGCCGCAGCAUGGGCAGCCAGAACUCUAUGGACCACUGCAGAGUCUCACACACAUUCUGCGUGUCGGACAUGUCCAAUUCAGAUCCCACCCUCACCUCUGACAAACUCCACACUGCCAUCCGCAUUCCGUCCUUCGAGACGGACGUGGACGGGCAGGACGAGAAGAACCAGAUCUGCACCACACGAGAGAAAAAAGCAGCAAGGAUCCUGGGCCUCAUCCUCGGGGCCUUCAUCAUCUGCUGGCUGCCGUUCUUCGUGAAGGAGCUCCUGGUGGGUCUGCAGGUGCUGGAGCCCUCCCAGCUCCUCUCAGAUCUCCUCACAUGGCUGGGUUACGUCAACUCUCUAAUUAACCCCCUGCUGUACACCAGCUUCAAUGACGACUUCAAGCUAGCCUUUAAAAAGCUGCUCAGGAGAAAAGAGCAUGCGUAGAGGAGGAUGAGGAUGUGAGGUGACGAACACUAAAGGGAAUGUAUGCAUGUUGAACUGACUGUCUCCUGACAGUGCGGACUCUGAUGUUUGCCUUUCUGCUGAAAAAGUGACGUCUCGAUGAAGUAUAUAUUCUCUGUUUUUCAUAAAGGAAUUAUUU